AUGACUAUGACUUCUGGAGUAAAUGUUCUUCAAAAGGUUAGUAAGGGGAUAUUAAGAAAUGGUAUUAAUGAGCUUGAUAUUGAGGCUUUUAAAUACAUCAAGCCUUCUUCGUUUGAGCCUGCAAGUCCACUUUCUCAAAGGCCGCAUUGCAAGACAAAAACACCAAUUUCGAAAAAUGAGUAUCUGCGGCAAAGGAUACACCUCGUAGGUAAAGGCUCUAACUUUGAAAAACAAGUUGCAAAAGAAUAUCUUUCUUCCCUUCAUUUUCAUCCCUUUGCAAGGCACGAAAUUCAAAGUGGCUACGAUAUUAAUAGGGCACGCUCCACCUACACAGGCUUAAAACUGAUUAAAGCAUCUCCAAACUCGAAAGCAAUCUUAUUUGACAGAUCUCAUCACUUCGUGGGCGAAUUAAUUUCCUUACUUAUAAGUUCAACCCCAAAAGAGAUGCCAAAUAUCGAACCACCGAGACUUUUCCCGAAAGAAAUCUUUUCUGAAAUCCCAGCGGUUCCAAAUUUUAGGAAUAAUCCUGACUCUUUUGCAGAUUACUUAGCUCUUUUAUGCCACUCAACCUUCUAUGUCAAAGGUUCGUCACGUUUAAAUGGAAUAAUUCCCAAGAUGGUAAGAAAUUUCAUGCAUCCUUCAAAUAUGAAUACUGCACAACUUCGAGACAUUAAUGUUUUCAACGAUGUGCUAUACUUCUUUAGUGAGAGAAGUGACUACGCUACGUGCCGUGAGCUAUUUGCCCAGAUGAAAAUAGAACGAGUGACUCCAAACACAAAAACGUUCAACAUAUUAUUGCGCAACGUUCUAAAAAAUUCACAUAUCAGAAAGAAAAAGUGGCCUUUUGAUGAACUUAUCUAUUAUCUCAAACAAAUGAAGCUGAGUAAUAUUUCGGCUGACGAGGUUACUUGGACAACUUGUUACAAUUUACUACUUGACGAUAUUUCAAGAGAUGUGUUCAUCGAAAAAAUGAUCCAGAAUAAUGUCCCUAUAUCACCUCAUUUUGUUCUUGCCGUGCUCAAGAAUGGAGAUUUCACUUCCACACAAAUACUUAAAUUCCUAUCCGAAAAUUCAAUUCCACUAAACUCGAAGUUGUUUAACCUAUGCAUUACCAAGCUCGUGGAAGAACAAAAGUAUGAAAUUGCUUGGGCUUUUGUGGAACACGCAUAUCAGAAUGCCAGCUUCAAAAUAAAUGAGGACUGCUUGAAUAUAUUUCUGAGGUGCUUCGCUAAAGCUGGGCGCCUUGACCUUGCAUUGCUCACUUUCAAUACUGCUACGAUAAAAUAUGAAAUUUUCCCCAAUGUUCAAAGCUUUGAGUUCUUGUUCAAGGCUCUCUCGAGGAACGGAUACACCUCUAAUUUCCCGAUAAUUUUUGAAUUUUUAAAGAGAAGAUUAAAAGAACAUACAAGAAACAAUUUUAACAAUAGCUAUUGGAUACUUAAAGCCCGAGCUAUAGUAAAGUUUAACAUAAAGAGGAUACCGACAGAGACGCAGAUAUCGAAGGCCGAAAGUAUCCUGCAGACUGCUCUAUGGAAUAAUCACGGCUUUCAAUGGAAUUGUUGGGAAAACGGUGGAUCAUCGAUCAGGAAGGUUCUUAGAUUUUUGGGUUGCGUGCCGAAACAUGUGAAGGCAUCACGAAAGUACCAUAGAUUUGACACUUCUGUUUCUAUUAUUUCCAAAAAAGCGUCAUAUAAGAAAAGAAUCAGGUUCAUUGCAUUACAGAACGCGAUGCUAAAGAGAAUUCCAUAUGCCGAGAACAAAUUUUCCGCUCUUAAAUCAGAGCUUUCAGAGAGGAAUAUACUGCAUUAG